AUGACUACUGUUCGUACCUUAAUUUAUGUUGCUGUUGUUCGACAUUGGCCUCUCUAUCAGAUGGACGUUAAGAAUGCUUUUCUUAAUGGUCAUCUCACUGAAGAGGCUGCUGUUACUAAGCUUGGGUUUCAUCCUUCUGCUUUUAACUCUGCUUUGUUUCUGAGACAUACCUCGACUGGUUUUAUUGCUCUCUUACUCUAUGUAGAUGAUAUGAUCACCACUAGCUCUGACUCUUCUGCUAUCUCUGAGGCCAAGUAUGCUAAUGAGGUUAUUCACUGUGCCGGUCUUGCUGAUAUUAAGGUUUCUAAUGCCCUUAUUAAGCUUAAUGUGAAGCUCAACUCUACUGAUGGUAUCCCUCUGGAUGAUCCCACUUUCUAUUGCGAGCUUGUGGGUUGUUUAGUGUAUUUGACUGUCACUUGUCCUAAUCUUGCUUAUGCUGUUCGUGUGGUUAGUAAGUUUGUUUCUACUCAUCGCUCUAUCCAUUGGGCUGCUUUGGUUUGCAUUCUUCGCUAUCUCCGGGGUACCAUCUUUCUGGGCUUACUGUUGUCCUCUACUUCCUCUUUAGACUUGGUGGCCUAUGUUGAUUCCGAUUGGGCUGGUGAUAUUAAUGAUCGCAAGUCUACCUUUAGUUUCUAUAUGUUUCUUGGCGAUUCUUUGAUCUCUUGA